CCAUGGAGCUGCCUCCCGGCCACUUCUCGGCCUCCCGCGCCGCGGCCGUGGCCGUGGAAUACCUGCGGUACCUGCGGGGCGGCCCCGGCAGCGGGCUGCGGCUGCGGGAGCUGCGCCGCGCCCGGCGCCAGGACAUUGAUGAUGUGGGGCACAAGUACUGCCUGGAACUGGAGCUGGAGGAUGUCCUGGACAAAGACAGGACUGUCAACUGCACUGCUGAGGUUCUCUAUCCCCUGGGCAGCAAAACCUCUGCCCCAGAUGUGCAGCUCACAGUGCAAGGAGAGCUCAGGAGCACAGAGGAAGCAGACAAGGAGUUCUACAAUCGGAUCAGGAGCCUGGAAAAGGAGCUUGUGGCUGAGAACAUCCCAGACAGCCAUGGGAACGUUCCCCCAGAGCUGGAGCCCAUCCACCUGCUGGCCUGGGUGGCCUCUGGCUACGUGAUCUGGCAGAAUUCCACUGAAAACACCAAGUUCCACCUUGCCCAAGUCAAACACGUGAAGCAAGUGAAAAGAAGUGAUGAAGAUCUUCAGUUUGACUUUGUGGUUCUACUCCAUGAAAUGGUGUCCCAGGAGGUGCUGCCCUGGGAGGUGACCCUGCUGUGGCACCCCCAGCGCGGGGCCCGAGUGCCCCAGAGCCACGCCGCGGGAGCGGGGAGCUCCUGAGAACAACUGGGAGCAACUGGGAACACCUGGGAGCAACUGGGAGCAACUGGGAGCUCCUGGGAACACCUGGGAGCAACUGGGAGCUCCUGAGAACAACUGGGAGCAACUGGGAGCUCCUGAGCACACCUGGGAGCAACUGGGAACUCCUGAGCACCUCUGGGAACACCCCUGGGACACCUGAGUGCUCAGGGAAGACCUGGGAACAACUGAGCACCCCUGGGAACACCCCUGGGACACCUGAGCACCCCUGGGACCUCCUGAACACCUCUGGGAGCUCCUGAGAACACCUGGGAACUCCUGAGCACCCCUGAGAACACCUGGGAAGAACUGGGAACACCUGGGAGCUCCUGAGCCCCCCUGGGAACACUCCUGGGAACACCUGAGCACCUCUGAGCACCCCUGGGAACAACUGGCAGCUCCUGAGCACCUCUGAGCACCUCUGGGAACUCCUGAGCACCUCUGGG